CUGUCCAAAUACGGGAUCAAGGAAAAAUGUGGAGAGUGCUGAAGAAGAGGUCAGAGUGCACGAGAAGCGCAGUCAUGUUAGACGGAGAACUGUCUCAAUUCUUCGACAUUGAGCAGGGGGUCCCACAAGGUUGCACGCUGUCCCCAAUAUUGUUCCAGGUGUUCAUGAACGAUCUGUUGGAAGUCGUAGAGGCAGUCCGGAAGGGAGUAAAAGUAGGGGACACGGCAACGUCGGUUUUAGGAAUGCUGUCUGCGGAUGAUUUUGUCGGUAUGUAGGACACCCCUGAGGGAUUGCAACUGCAAAUUGACGCUUCGAAGAAGUUUACUGAUAAGUGAAAAUUUUCUGCCAACGUUAAGAAGAGUGCCGUCAUGAUAUGCAACGAGAACAAGGAGGAACCAGUAGAACAUAGAUGGAAGUGGGGGAUCGAGGAGAUUGCAGUAGUGGACCAUGCACAUACCUCGUAGUAGAGAUCGCAAAAGACUGCUCGUGGAAUGCACACAUGUCAAAGGUGGCGGAAAAGAGCAAAGCACGAAUUGCGAAGCUGCACCCAAUCCUCGCAAACCGGCACCUCGAUACACGCAUUAAAUGGAAGGUUUUGAAGAGCGUAGUCGUACCGCCGCUAGAGUACGCCGGAGAAGUAUGGGAAGGAAUUUAAUGCUAGUGAAAGAACUCGAGGCGGCGAAGAUGAAAGCAGCGAA